GCGAGAAGAUGACACUCGUGCAGCAGCAAGCCCAUUUAGCCAAUGAGUUUGCAGGCAUUUUCUCGAUGGCGGAUAGCAAAAAGAAGACACCGAAGGCGGAGGGAAACAAGAAAGCUGGACGAGGUAAGAAAGAUGCAGCGGAGGAAGAUGUUCGUCUUCCCGCUAUUGAGGACGUAGGAGCACAAAACGGUCGUGGGCAGCUAGGAGGUAGCUCGUCGUCAGCAACUAGGACACAGCCGCCUGCUCUCCCGGCGAAGAGUCCUUUGCUCUUACGGCCAUACCAACAAGCAGCAGUUGACGCGGUUCUUCAACGGGACUUACGGAUGUCCUGUCUUGUUAUGCCAUGUGGGUCAGGUAAGACGCUCGUUGGGUAUGAGAUUUGCAGGAGGGUAUUGGAAAGGUCAAGAAUGACGGACACUAAAGGCGCCUCAUCGACUUCUUUGAAACGACUCUCAACGUCAUCAAACGGCGGCGGAAACAUCAAAAAAGACUCAACUACCGAAGAAGCAGCCCCACGUGCCAUCAUUCUCAGUGCACGACAUGCGUCUGUGGUACAGUGGAGGCAGCAAUGUGCUGGCUUGACAGUAGAGGGCAAUGUUGUCAGCUGUCUCACUUACGCGAAAGCUCUGGUGGAAUGGGGUAAAGAUGGGCAUGGUGUUUUUGGCAGGAACUUUGCAUCGCCAGUGUUGAGGAGUACUAAACCAGCGCCAAGGAUAUCAGACGAUCCAAAAUUGCGGAUGAUAUCUUCACCUGCAAAGUCAACACAAACAGCAACCAAUCGAGGUAACAAGAGAGCUGAAAGUGCAAGUGGUAAGAAAAACAGCACCUCAUCUUUCACAGACUUGUUGCGGAUGCGAAUGGAAUCGCCUGCCAAGCCCUCUGUCAUUAAUAAGCAGGAACAAAGUACUAACCCAAGAAACACCACGCACACCAACUCUAGUACAAAAGACAAAAGAACGACCGACAACAUGCAAGUCAUAGAUCUCUCCGAUUCUGAUAGCGAACAGAUGAGUCAGUUCUUCUCUCCGAGUCCGUUAAGCUCGAAUGAUGGCGACGAAGAUGAAGUGGUAUUCGUUGCUGAGAGUAGAAAUGUUCUUGAACCAAGACGUAGUACAAGUUGUAGUGCAAGAACUCGAACAGCAGCACGAGGACCAGUCCUAGUAGUCCUUGAUGAAUGUCACAUAGCACCUGCAAGUAAAGUCCUGAAGUUUCUCCGAGGGUUGCGGUCCUUGUAUCCUGCAUUGCAGUUCGUGUCUCUGACGGCGACGCUCUUGCGCGAAUCGAAGGGGUUUAGGGAAGAUCGGGGGAGUAGACAUGAUGCUAAGAGUAAGAGAAGAAAGAAAGUUGCAGGUGCUGCGGAGUCUGAACAACGUGUUGACGUGUUGAGUUCUUCCCCCGACGACGAAAUCAGUGACGGUGAAGAUGAUCGCUACGAAAAGGAUUCUUUCAUGGUGUCUUCCUCGGAGGAUGUUGAUGAAAAAGACGACGACGAAGGGCUCGAUUUGACCGCCAGAAAGCUGAGCAACCACCACGCCUCUCCAUGGACCAAAAUCGUCGGAGAAGUCGUCUAUUCAAUCGAAGCGGAGGAGCUCAUAGCACAGAACUUCUUGAUGCCUGUGGAAUGUAUUCAGAUCUUGCUCACUUCGCCUACUGCUGGUGCUGGCGAUCUUCUAGAUGCAGAAGGAAAAAUAUUGCUUAGUUCGCCUACUGGUAAUCUCCUAGAAGAAGAAAAUGCGGCUAUACAGCGGCCCUCCUCGUCCUCCGAAAAAUCCGAUCUCGUCCACAAAAUCCAAGCUCUUGAAGGUUUACUCCUGCUUCAUCAAAACGACACAAUUUUGAUCCUAGUCGAAUCAAGGGAACUUGCCAGACGAAUUUCCAUCUACUUCGGCAUCUGCGUCUUAGAUGGCAGUGUCCCGAAGAAAACGCAGGAACAGAUCCUAGACCACGUGAGGAGUAACAACUUGCGUUGUCUCAUCGCUGUUCAUUUGCUGGAUGAAAGUUGCGACUUGCCAAACCUGAACGUGGUGAUCCAAUUGGGUGGUUUCUUCGGAUCUAGGAGACAGGAACAGCAAAGAAUCGGACGAUUGAGACGGGUCACGGAGAAGAAGUUGGCUGACCUUCAUCAUCGAGAUUUGGAGAGGAAGCCGAAGUCUCCACGAUUUUACGUCGUCUUAGACCCCGUGCGGAAUCCGAGGGAGUUUCGAGAUAUGCAGUAUCGACAAGGGGCUGAGAAAUAUGUGGUGUGGAAUAUCGAGAAAUUCUUGCAAGAAACGCAAUUUCAAAGGCCAUGUUCCAUCUUUGGGAUGUUGGAGCCGUCGUUUGCGAAUGCGAUCUUCGACAAUCUAGAAGAGGAUCUAGCUGAAAUCUGGUAUCGUUCGGGUGGCCCCGAACACGCGGAUCAGAUGAAUGGUGAGACAUGUAGUACAGCAAUACUAGGGAACGGCACAGCUUCAUCUAUAUCCGCCAUGAUGGGAGUACAGGAUGAUUCUACUGGAGAGUUUUUCUCUCGAAGCCUGUUUCAACAAGAUCAUGCCGCUAGCAACGUCCCAACAGCGGCAGAAGGUGGUGGAAUAGUGACUCGCAUUAUUGAGGGUCAAGAACAGAAUACCGCGAGGACAAAUGGUCUUCAACCUGCAAAUGCAAAAGCAAAGGAGCCAAAGAAUUCUUUGUUUUCAGAUGACGACUCUUCCUCUUCGUCAGACUCUUCAUCGUCUCCAGACGAAGAGGAGUCUGAUGGUGAGUACACCUCGGAUUCCGAGGCUUAAAGG